ACGAUCUGUGAAUUGCAGCCAGCCAGCCACUACCAGCACUACCAAGUUACGUGGAAGUAGAAGGACUAGCGCUGCCGUUCUAUGAAUGAGUGGUUAUCUACUUAUCUACUACCACUAGUUUCCCCUAAUACCACCAUCUUCCCCUCAUUUCCUUGGUUGAUCGGAGGUCAGAUAUAUGUGAGUAAUAAUCCAUCGACAUCGUCGCAUCGAUAUUCACUGAGUCACAAUGGAGCUAACUCGGUGCGGUUCAUGUAUGCCCGACUCCCCGAACCUCGUCCCCCGAAAGUUUUUUCCCUUGAAGAAGACGAUUCUUCGAGGGCAAAAGAGUUGCAAUUUCAAACGAUUGCCAUCGUUGUUAGCUAUUAAAGCAGCCAGAGAGGGGGGAGGGGCAGAGUUAGAGAAUGCGUUGUUGGUUGAAGUGGAGAAGAAGUCCCGAAAAUCGCAGCGAUUUCGAGUGUCGGAGGGCCAUCCUGCUCCAUUUGGUGCCACAGUUCGUGACGGUGGAGUCAACUUCUCUAUUUAUUCGACAAAUGCUGUGUCCGCUACUCUCUGCUUGAUUCAUCUCUCUGAUUUGACUGAGAAUAGAGUGACAGAGGAGAUUUCUCUUGAUCCGUUGACUAAUAAGACAGGAGAUGUGUGGCAUGUAAAUAUUAAAGGGGAUUUCAAAGAUAUGCUUUAUGGUUACAAAUUUGAUGGCAAGUUUUGCCCUGAAGAAGGGCACUUUUAUGAUUCUUCUCGAAUUGUUUUGGAUCCUUAUGCAAAAGCAGUUAUAAGCAGAGGAGAGUUUGGAGUUUUAGGACCUGAUGGUAAUUGCUGGGCUCCAAUGGCCUGCAUGAUUCCCAAUUCUGAAGAGUUUGACUGGGAAGGAGAUUUACCGCUGAAAUAUCAGCAGAGCGAUCUCAUAAUAUAUGAAAUCCAUGUAAGAGGUUUCACGAGACAUGAAUCAAGCAAAACUGAAUUCCCUGGUACAUACCUUGGUGUGGUGGAGAAACUUGAUCACUUGAAGGAAUUGGGGGUCAAUUGUAUUGAGUUAAUGCCGUGCCAUGAGUUCAAUGAGCUGGAAUACUUCAGCUACAAUAGUGUCUCGGGUGACUAUAAGCUGAACUAUUGGGGAUAUUCAACUGUCAAUUUCUUUGCACCAAUGAUAAGAUAUUCAUCUGCUGGUGCACGGAACUGUGGCCAUGAUGUAAUAAAUGAAUUCAAGCUUCUUGUUAGGGAAGCACAUAAACGAGGAAUUGAGGUGAUCAUGGAUGUUGUUUUCAAUCACACAGCUGAAGGGAACGAGAAAGGUCCAAUAUUGUCCUUUAGAGGUGUUGAUAAUAGUGUCUACUACAUGCUUGCCCCUAAGGGAGAAUUUUAUAAUUAUUCAGGCUGUGGGAACACGUUCAAUUGCAACCAUCCUAUAGUGCGUCAAUUUGUUUUGGACAGCUUAAGAUAUUGGGUGACGGAAAUGCAUGUGGAUGGCUUUCGCUUUGACCUUGCUUCUAUUAUGACUAGGAGUAGCAGUCUUUGGGAUGCAGCCAAUGUAUUUGGAAAUCCAGUAGAAGGUGAUUUGUUGACAACUGGCACUCCUCUCAGCAGCCCUCCAUUGAUUGAUAUGAUUAGUAAUGAUCCGAUACUCAGUGGAGUGAAGCUUAUUGCUGAAGCAUGGGACACUGGUGGGUUAUAUCAAGUCGGCAUGUUUCCCCACUGGGGUAUUUGGUCGGAAUGGAAUGGAAAGUACCGUGAUAUAGCGCGGCAGUUUAUCAAGGGCACAGAUGGUUUUUCUGGGGCAUUUGCUGAAUGCUUAUGUGGCAGCCCUAGUUUAUAUCGGGAAGGAGGACGGAAGCCAUGGAACAGCAUCAACUUUGUAUGCGCACAUGAUGGUUUUAGUUUGGGAGAUUUGGUGACCUAUAACAACAAACACAACUUGGCAAAUGGAGAAGACAACAAUGAUGGAGAGAGUCAUAAUAAUAGUUGGAACUGUGGAGAGGAGGGAGAGUUUGCCAGCAUAUCUGUUAAGAAAUUGCGGAAAAGACAAUUACAGAAUUUCUUUCUUUGUCUUAUGGUUUCCCAAGGUGUCCCAAUGAUACACAUGGGUGAUGAAUACGGUCACACAAAAGGAGGGAACAACAAUACAUAUUGCCAUGACAAUUAUAUUAACUAUUUCCGCUGGGAUAAAAAAGAUGAGAGUUCAGUGGACUUCUUCAGAUUCUGUAGCCUAAUGUCCAAUUUCCGACGGGAAUGUGAGUCACUUGGCUUAAAUGACUUUCCAACAUCUGAGAGGCUACAGUGGCAUGGUCACAUUCCUCUGGUUCCUGACUGGUCUGACACCAGCCGCUUUGUAGCCUUUACUUUGACCGACUCAGUGAAGGGAGAAAUAUAUGUUGCCUUCAACGCUACUCAUUUACCUGUUACUGUGACACUACCGGAACGUCCUGGAUACAGAUGGGAGCCAUUGGUUGACACUAGCAAACCGUCACCCUUUGACUUCCUUACAAGUAAUCUACCAGAAAGGGAGACUGCAGUAAAGCAAUAUUCUCAAUUUCUUGAUGCUAACCUUUACCCUAUGCUUAGUUAUUCUUCCAUCAUUCUUACUCUCUCUCUAGAUAUUUAUGCUUAAUAUGUUGAACACAAAAUUUGCAUUUAACAUGUAGCACACACGCUUAGUUCAGGUAUGUCAAUGGUGGAAUAAGCAUUUACAUUUGCAGGGCCCGAGAAGCAAUUUAUCUUGGUACAAAAUGUUUGGAAUCUAUAUAUAAUAUGUUGAAAGUGAGGUGAUAUGACAAUAAUUUAGUGCACGUUUUUUC